AUGCGGGGCGAUGAUCUCAUAGUGGCCGAGAUUCCGUGCGGCAGCGGCAGCCACUCAUCGGUCACGCUUAUCGCUCGCAGCGAGUCGACAAGCGCGCCUCUCGCUAUCCUCUCUCCACCAAGUGGCGUCGCAGCGGCGGCGCACGACCGGCUCCUAAAGGAGCUGUGGGCCUCCGUGCCAGACUCGUCCGUAUCAGGAGGCCGCGGCGCGUGCUUCCGGCUGCACGCCGACCCGGGCGGCGACGCGUGCGACGGUGACUUCUUCUCGCCCGCGCAACACGAGCGGCUGCUCUCCUUUGUCCGCGAGCGCGUGUUUGACGCGUGGCGCUCGGUGACGCCGGAGCUGCGCUCGUUGGCGGGCUCGUUCGAGCUCUUCAACCCGGCGCUCGGCGCAAACAUGGGCUGGCACCAAGAUGGCCACGCGGCAGGGGAGCUCGUGGCGCACUACUACCUGGCCGCCGACGACGAGGACAUGGCGUGGGCAGAGGUGGCGCUGCCUCCCGCGCCGCCGUCCGAGGGCGAGGCGGAGGCUCCCGGCUUUGACUUCUCCUGCGCCGUCGACUUCGGCUCGAGCGACGAGCUGUCUCGCGGCGUGGCCGCCUCCAACUUCGUCGCGGUCGGCUGCGGCGCAGACACAGCGGCGCAGCCAAUCUGCGUCUUUGAGGACUCCGCCGUGCUUCACCGCACCCCGCUCACCGCCGCGGGCAAGCCGCAGCUCCAGUCACGCCGGCCGAUGGCGCGCCUCGUCUUUUACGGGACGGACGCCGACGGCGCCACCCUCCGCUUCCCGCCGCCGCAUUCCGCGCCGCAGGCGCUCCGCGCGGCGGCGCCCCGCUUGCCGGAAGGGCUGGUGCGCGUGCUCUGCGAAUUUGGGAUGAAGAAACGAGGGUGGACGGGCAAGAGUCGUGGACCGGCUGCCGAAACGCGCCUGCGUUACGAAGCACUGAUGGAGCCUUACGCGGGGCGCUACUUUUCGGAGGCGCUCUGUUCGUAUGUGGCGGGAGGGGAGGAGGCCGUGGCGUUUGUGGGCGCCCGGGCGGCGGCGUUGGCGGCAGAGCUGGAGGCGGAGGCGGAGGCGGAGGCGGAGGCGGAUAAGCUUAAGGCGGCGAGGGUGGCGGCAGGCUGGGUAUCGUCAUCAGAGGAGGGGGAGGAGGAGGGGGAGGCAGAAGAGACUCCGCCUCGACAGCCAAAUCGGCAGGCGGCUCAAU